AUGUUGUUCAAGUUCUCCUUCUUUACCGCCCUGCUGGCGGCAACCAGCACGGUUGCCAAGCGCACUUGCGGAACUCCCAACCCUAGCGAGGAGCAGAAUGAAGUCGCCUUGGACUUCAUGAAGAGCGAGGCUAGCGCCCGUGAGCUCAAGAUCACCACCCGACAGGCUUCUUCUAUCAAGAUCAACGUCUACUGGCAUGUGCUUGCCACCUCCAACUCCGUUGCGGGAGGCUACCUUACCCAGGCCACCCUGACCAGGCAGCUGGCUGUUCUCAACACCGCUUUUGCUCCUCACGACGUCUCCUUUGUGCAGGCUGGUGUUGACUGGACCAUUAACACGAACUAUGCCAACGAUCGAUCCGAGCUCGCCAUGAAGAGGGCGCUCCGCAAGGGCACCUACGCUGAUCUUAACGUCUACUUCAUGCCCGGAACCCAAUACCUUGGAUACGCCUACUUCCCUACCAGUGUUACUGCCGGUUCCAACGCGUUUUACUAUGAUGGUGUCGUCAUUCUGUCCACCACCGUUCCCGGAGGUAGCGCGACGCAGUACAACCUGGGCCACACUGCUACCCACGAGAUUGGCCACUGGCUGGGUCUUUACCACACUUUCGAGGGCUACACUUGCGGUGGAAACGGCGACUAUGUUGCCGAUACCCCUGCUGAGUCUGAGGAGGCCUACAACUGCGAGAUCGGACGUGACACUUGCCCCAACAUUGCCGGAACUGACCCCGUUACCAACUACAUGGACUACUCUGAUGACGACUGCUUCACUGGCUUUACCGCUGGCCAGGAGGACCGCAUCUACAACUACUGGGACACUUACCGUGCCAGCUACCAGUAA